CGUACUAAUGCGCCGGUAUCGCGCAGGGAAAGACCACCUUUUCCCGUCUUUCAUUUCCAUUUCUUGGCAAAAACAGUCGCGCUCCUUCGGCGGCGCGCGCGAACUCUCGUGGCUACCCGCGUGCGGUGCAGCGCAAAAGGGACGGACUGAGAUGGGAGGGUGCGCGUGCGCAGAGCGAACACGCGCUGUGCAAAGCCAGUGCGUACAUGUGUCGCAGAUUUUAAAACUCAGAGAGAGCUGGAACAGCUGCGGACCCGCUGGUACACCGAGAGCACAACUGGCUUGAAAGCAAGAAGAUCUCUCUCCGAGUCUCCUCGCAGUAACUGUAGGCACUGUUUCCUCCCCGCAAGAGGAGGAGAGGACAUAUCCUAAAAACUCUAUUCUCGUCUUCUGCACUGGAUGAUCUCAUAAACAUGGAGCUGAUAGCAAUAGGAGAGCAAGUGUUCGCCGUGGAGUCAAUAACGAAAAAAAGGAUAAGAAAGGGAAAUGUCGAAUAUCUUUUGAAGUGGCAAGGAUGGUCCCCUAAGUACAGCACCUGGGAACCAGAGGAAAACAUACUGGACCCUCGGCUUGUCGUCGCCUACGAAGAAAAAGAAGAGAAAGAAAGAGCUCUGGCUUAUAAGAGAAAAGGCCUGAGACCACGUCGGAUUGUAUUGCGGAACAUCUACCCAAUGGACCUACGAAGUGCCCACAAGGUUCUGCUUAAACCAGCCCCAAGAAUCCGUCUGUCACUUUCCCGUUCCCUGGAGAUUGACCAGAUCGGACGGCGCUGUAGAGAGGGCUACCGUCGCUUAGAAAAACGCAGGCCCAGAAUCAUGGAUGAUGUUAAGCCUUUCCAGCAACUAACAAGAAGCCCAAUUUUUUCAAAAGACUUUAGAGUGAAAGAGUGGGAUAGAGUCGAGGAAAUCGAGCAGAAGAAACAAAGAAUGACAAUCAAUGAUGAAAACACAGACAUGAACCAGGACAUUCCAAGUGGCCAUGAGCUAUCUGAGGGGUACAACUCUUCGACAGAACAAGAACCAAUAAUCAUCGUCAGGAAAACUGAGAACUGCCAGUCCAGUUUAGACCACAGUGAGAAACCAAUCGAGGACACUUGCCUUAUGACAGGUCCAAUUUUAGGAGCAACAGAUGGACUUGAAAACCGCACAAUCACCGAAACACAACUGACCGUCCCAGUCACAAACACUGCAGGGGGUGGCGACUCUGAACACGAUGCAACAAACACUGACCAAUCACUACAAAACAGUACCAACUUAGAAACGAAAGUGGAAGGUGUGCCUGACAAAAUACAAAACCGACCUUCGGUUAUCGAAGUACAUAUGAGUGUGAAACAGGAGAUGAUAAGAGAAACAGGUCAGUCAGACACUCCAGAGGUCGAGGAUAAAAGCGAGAUGGAUGUUGAGGUCACAGAAGAAUGUAAAACAACAUUACAGGUACCGACCGACCAAUCACAGGCUUCCUCCACCAUCGCAGUGCAUACCGGGAAGGUAAUUGUGACUAAGGUAACCAUUAAUUCCCUGACCGUGACCUUUAAAGAGGCCAUGAGCGCGGAAGGAUUUUUUAGCGACUGCGCGCUUGAGUUGUAAAUUGAAAAAGGGACCGUUGCAAUAGAUUUAUGUAAAUGUAGACAGGACCAGUUCGCAGUAGUGAAGCAGAUAUUGUUUGUCUAAGCAAGGUUUUUCUUCCUAAGUAUGUCCUUGUGUCAUCGUUGUCAAGUAUCUUUUGAAGGAGGACAUUUCUGACUUUAUUCAUAAAUGCUCUAAGUGAAGAGUUCAGUAGCAUGUAACAAAACUUUCCACAUCUGUACCACUACUCAUCCAUCAGCAGGAGGUAUUGCACUAACAGUGAGGAGGAAAACACAUUUAAGCUCAGAAACAAAACUACUGUUUUAUUGCCUUGUCCUGUGACCAACCAGGUGGGAAAGAGAAAGGCCGCCUGGCUUUGUUUUCAGAUGUUCGUCUACACUCUCUUCUGAGGCCUUUGUGCAUUUUUAAAGAGACAGUAUUGGUUUACAUUCACAACUGCUACAGCGGACGCUUUCGUAGAACUUGUUCUGAAUCUGAACACAAGUGCGUUAGGUGUUGCUUUAAGCAUGGCAGAAAUCGAAGCAAAGACUAAAUAACAUGUUUUGGUCAUGGUUGUAGUUGAACAUGGCUUGUCAGAUUUGUUGUUAUACACCUACACUUCCUGCUUGUAUUUACAGUGAAUAAACUGGAGAAAAUGUU